AUGGUCCUAUAUUCACCACAAACAGCUGCAAAUAGUAAUUCCCAGACUGGAGGCACCAGUUUUAGACCUGAAACGUCAAAGCCUUCAUCUUCUAAGACCAUGUUUGAUUCAUCUGGCUCUAAUCAGAUAGCUUUGGGAACUGCACGCGCUUUAGAGUACCUGCAUGAAGUUUGUUCUCCAUCAGUUGUGCAUAAGAAUAUUAAAUCAGCCAAUAUAUUACUUGAUGCAAAGCUUAAUCCUCAUCCUUCAGACUGUGGAUUGGCAAGCUAUAUUCCAAAUGCAGAGCAGACACUGAACCAUAAUGUUGGAUCUGGAUAUGAUGGCCCUGAAGUUGCAUUGUCUGGAAUAAGCAAACAUGAAUUUACCACCAAGCAGCAGCAACAGCCUGCAAAACCAGUUGAAACAAACCAUGGACAGUUAGAGGAACUGAGUUCACUACUGCAGAAGAUGGAAGAGCAUCAGGAAAAUGGCAGUGUAAGGUUUCGGCGCUCAAGCGGAAUACCUUGGUCUUUACCUAUCGAAACAGAAGCGGAAUGGUGA